AUGGAGACUGUGGAUCAGGGCAAUUCGAGUGAGGCUCGGCAGGAGGCAGGCAGAGGGCCUUGGAACCACUCCUCCACCACUGGCUUUGUCCUCACUAGACUUUUCAAUGAGAGCCAGAUGCACCUGUUCCUCUUCAGCAUGGUGGUGCUGGUCUACAUCCUCGCCAUGGCUGGCAAUGCCACCAUGGUCCUCCUGAUCUGGGCCGAUGCCCAGCUCCACAAGCCCAUGUACUUCCUCCUCAGCCAGCUGUCCUUCCUGGACAUCUUCUUUUCUUCAGUCACUGUCCCCAAGAUGAUAGUGGCCUUCCUCUUUGAUUGGACAAGCAUCUCUUUUGGGGGCUGUGGGGCACAAAUGUUUUUCUUCAUGUUCCUGGGAGCUGCAGAGUGUCUCCUGCUGGCCCUCAUGGCCUAUGACCGCUAUGUAGCCAUCUGCAACCCUCUGCGUUACCCAGUGCUUAUGAGCCGUCGCGUCUGCCUGCUCAUGGUUGUGAGCUCCUGGCUGGGAGGGUCCUUCAAUGCCUCCAUCCAGACCUCGCUAACUCUGCAGUUCCCCUACUGUGGCUCACGAAAGGUCACCCACUUCUUCUGCGAAGUGCCUUCGCUGCUGAUGCUGGCCUGUGCAGACACAGAGGCCUAUAAGCAGGUGCUCUUUGUGACAGGUGUGGUGGUCCUCUUGGUGCCCAUUGCCUUCAUCACCACCUCCUACGCCUUCAUUUUGGUGGCUGUGCUCCAGAUGCACUCUGUGGAGGGGCGUCAGAAGGCCCUGGCCACCUGUUCCUCCCACUUGACAGUAGUCAACCUCUUCUAUGGGCCCCUUGUCUACACCUACAUGUUACCUGCAUCCUACCACUCUCCUGGCCAGGAUAAUGUCGUAUCUGUCUUCUAUACUGUUCUCACACCCUUGCUCAACCCUGUCAUCCUGUCUCUUAUACACAUCUAGAUUUCUAGAUCACUUAAGAAGGCUCUUGGCCAGUGUUGGAACAGGAACUGUGGAUCUCUCUUCUCUCAGAAGGGUUGGGAACUUUUCCAAAACUGUGGAAAUAGCCCACCAGGCUUUCUCCAGUCACGUGAGCCGGGAGCCACCGGGAUCUCAUUGGCCAAGCCUCCCAGAGGGCGGGAAGAGCGGGAAGAGCGGGAAGUGAGGACCAAUGGGGCAGGCCAAAGCGACGGCAGAGGCCAGCGCAUGCGCAGUGCCGUCCGGCCUAGCCCAUCCGGGCCGCCCGGCGUCAGGUACCUGUUCACCAAGUCACCUCGCCCAGAGGCCGCAGCUGCCCGUGCAGCGCCUCCCGCCGGCCCCCAGCGCCUGUGGAAAGGAGCGGACAGGCCAGAGGCUCCCUGGGCCGACGAGUCUCGGCUAGGCCGUGCUUCCGAGUCCCAGGCGCCUCCAGAGGCCGAGUUCCCAGCGCGGCCCACCCAGCAGCCGGGGCUCUGUGAGGGGCGCUCGCACCCGGCGGCGGAAAGGCCAUUGGCGUGGCGGGAGGCGGCCCGCGGCCUGGGCGUGUCCCCUGCGGGGAACGGAGCUCACUGGCUGCUCCCUUCCCGAGAGAGCGACGGGGCCGGCCGCAGCCUCAGCCAUGCGCCCCUCGGCCGCAGGCCGGCUCCUCUUGGCCUGCAGCCUCGCUUUCAUGCCCUUCUUCACAGGGCAUCCUGCAUCCCCUCCCAAGCCAGCUUUUCACAUCGUCUGGGUAGUGGACUAAUUCGCGUUCAGCAGCACUGA